AUGUCAGUAUCACUGGCUGAUAACUCUAUAGCUGUAGAGGAUAUUGCUUGCCGACCAGGUUUUUAUAAAGCCUUUGCUGGUAAUGUUAAAUGCGCUAAAUGCCCACCUCAUAGUUCAACAAAUGUGGAAGGUUCUACAAACUGCAAGUGUGAGAAGAACUAUUUUCGAUCUGAAGGAGAUGUUCCAUCAAUGGCUUGCACAAGACCGCCUUCUGCUCCCAAAAAUGUUAUUUCUAAUAUCAAUGAGACCUCAGUCAUCCUAGAUUGGAGCUGGCCUUUGGACACAGGGGGCAGAAAGGAUGUCACUUUCAACAUUGUAUGCAAGAAAUGUGGAGGAACCAGCAAGCUCUGUGAACCAUGUAGCAAUAUAGUAAGAUUUCUUCCGCGUCAGAUGGGACUCACCAAUACCACUGUGACUGUAGUGGAUCUCUUGGCUCAUACAAAUUACACUUUUGAGAUAGACGCUGUUAAUGGAGUCUCUGAUUUAAGUAACUUGCCAAGACAAUUUGCUGCAGUCAGCAUUACAACCAAUCAAGCAGCUCCAUCACCUAUUACAGCAAUCAGAAAGGACCGGACUUCUAGAAACAGCGUCUCUCUGUCUUGGCAUGAACCUGAACACCCGAAUGGGAUCAUUUUGGAUUAUGAAGUCAAGUACUAUGAAAAGGAACAAGAAACAAGCUACACCAUUCUGAGAGCAAGAACUAUGAAUGUUACUAUUAAUGGCCUUAAGCCAGACACCACUUAUGUUUUCCAAAUCAGAGCCCGAACUGCUGCAGGAUAUGGGACCAACAGCCGCAAAUUUGAGUUUGAAACCAGUCCAGACUCUUUCUCCAUCUCCAGUGAGAAUAGCCAAGUUGUAAUGAUUGCUGUUUCAGCUGCGGUAGCAAUUAUUCUGCUCACAAUUGUGGUUUACAUUUUGAUUGGGAGAUUCUGCGGACAUAAGUCAAAACAUGGCUCUGAUGAGAAGAGGCUGUAUUUUGGUAAUGGGCAUUUGAAGCUUCCAGGCCUCAGAACAUAUGUGGAUCCACAUACAUACGAAGAUCCUAAUCUGGCUGUUCAUGAAUUUGCCAGAGAACUGGAGGCUUCCAGCAUAGCUAUUGAUAAAGUCGUUGGGGCAGGUGAGUUUGGAGAAGUAUGUAGUGGCCGCCUAAGGCUUCCUUCCAAAAAGGAAAUAUCAGUUGCAAUAAAAACCCUGAAGGUUGGUUACACAGAAAAACAGAGAAGAGAUUUUCUUGGAGAAGCAAGCAUCAUGGGACAAUUUGACCAUCCAAACAUAAUCCGGUUAGAAGGUGUGGUCACCAAAAGUAAACCAGUCAUGAUUGUUACUGAAUAUAUGGAAAAUGGUUCUUUAGAUAGCUUUCUCAGGAAACAUGAUGCUCAAUUCACAGUCAUUCAGCUUGUAGGAAUGCUUCGAGGAAUUGCAUCUGGCAUGAAAUAUCUUUCCGAUAUGGGUUAUGUCCAUCGUGACCUUGCUGCCCGCAACAUACUCAUCAACAGUAACUUAGUAUGCAAAGUCUCUGAUUUUGGCCUCUCCCGCAUAUUGGAAGAUGAUCCAGAAGCUGCCUAUACAACAAGGGGAGGCAAAAUUCCAAUUCGUUGGACAUCUCCAGAAGCUAUUGCUUAUCGCAAAUUUACAUCAGCAAGUGAUGCAUGGAGCUAUGGUAUUGUUCUUUGGGAAGUAAUGUCCUAUGGAGAGAGACCUUAUUGGGAAAUGUCUAAUCAAGAUGUAAUUAAAGCAGUGGAGGAAGGAUACCGUUUGCCACCACCCAUGGACUGUCCAGCUGCCUUAUAUCAGAUGAUGCUGGACUGUUGGCAAAAAGACAGAAACAACAGACCAAAGUUUGAACAGAUUGUCAGCAUCUUGGACAAGCUUAUCCGUAAUCCCAGCAGUUUAAAAAUUAUCACCAACGCAGCUGCAAGGCCAUCAAAUCUCCUACUGGACCAAAGUAGCAUUGAAAUCUCACCCUUCCGCUCAACAGGUGACUGGCUCAAUGGUAUUCGGAUAGGGCAAUGCAAAGACAUAUUCACAGGAGUGGAAUACAGUUCAUGUGAUACAAUAGCCAAUAUUUCCUCAGAUGACAUGAAGAAAGUUGGGGUGACGAUUGUUGGACCACAGAAAAAACUUAUUAGCAGUAUUAAAUCUCUGGAAAUACAUACAAAGAAUUGCCCUGUUCCUGUGUAAAUUACAAAAUGCCAGCAUUC